AUGGACCAUCCAGUGUGUGUUAAGCCGAGCAAAACGGACAUCAGCGCAGAAGAAAAGGAGAAAGUAAAAGUUCAAAAUUCCAAUCAACUCGAUCUCGAAGAAAAGAAAGCACCUCAAUUUUUCGAAUAUGACAACGACGAUCUCUCAGACUCAGAGACAGAAAAGAUCAGUGUAGCGCCAGAGGAGUCUCGAAUCGUGGAAGAAACUCCAUGGAGAUCAAUUGUGAUCACAGCAAUGCUGGGCUUCUGCCAGGCCAUGCAAAUGACCUUGUACUACAGCUCCACUUGGCCGUAUUUGUUGGUGGUAAGUUGGAAAUUAGAGUUGACGUUUUUUAACUAUCUUCUAACGCUAACCUCAUUCCAGGUAGACAAUAAAUCAACAGAAACCUUCUACGGACUUGUCAUUGCGGUUUAUUCAAUCGGCCAGCUUGUUGGCGCCCCUUUGUUUGGCUACUGGAGUACGAAAGCGAGAAGUGUAAAAGGCCCUUUGGCAGCAUGUCUAAUUCUAUCCAUGUUUGGAAAUUUCCUUUACACAGUGCCUGAAUUGAUACCGCAAAACGCGCGAUUCGUUGUUUUGGCGGCUCGGUUUAUUAUGGGACUCGGUUCUGGCAAUAUGAGUGUCCUAAAGAGUUAUGUAGCCAUGGCCAGCACACAGCAAGAUCGGGGAAGGGCCUUUACAUUCCUGACGGCAGGACUGUCGCUGGGACAGACAACUGGACCUGGUAAAUAGACAGGGUUCAAGACAAUCUAUUUAUAUUCCUCACAUUGCGAGGUAUGAUUAACGAACCGUUUUUAGUCAUCCAACUCCUCCUCUCGCUGAUUGGUCGUCCAGGCUAUGAAAUAUUUGGAACUCUUCGUUUGGACAUGUAUACAGCUGCUUCUUACUCAGCAGUGUUUAUAAAUUUCCUUGGCUUGUUUUUCUUGAUGUAUCUUUUCGUUGAAAAAUAUGCCGGCGUCGAUAAAUCGCAGCUUGAAAAGGCAAGACGCCACUCUUAACUUAAGCUCACCGUAUUUUACAACUUUUCACAAGUUAGCAGUCAUCUUACUAUUUUGCCUUUCAGAAAUCAAAGAGAGAUAAGAACGUCGAUCAAAAGAAGUUGCCACCUUUUGACAUGCUCGCCGUGUUUGUCUGUUAUUGCACCGUCUGCGCUCAACGAUUUACUUUUGUCAAUCUGUCAGCGUAAGAUUUCUCUAUAGUUACUACUCAGUAAUACAAUUCCAAUUCCAGGCUAAACUCUCCAAUGGGAAUGACAAUAUUCGGCUUUACGAAGAUAGAAGUUGUCCGUGUCCUCGGAAUCACUCAUACUGCUACAACUGGUGUUGCACUUACGCUAUAUGUUUGUAUUAUGGUCUUCAAGCUGGAUCGAUUGUAUGUUCUUAAAGAUUAGAAAGGCAAAUGCAAAUAAGAGCUGUUCAGGAUGCAUUCUUUAGCUGUGGCCAUAGUAAGCGAGGUAGGGUCUAGGAAUUGACUGCGGCUCAGAUAAAGCAUACAUCCAAAAUGAAAAAGCGUACAGCCAAAAUUCGAAGAAUCUGAACACCAUGCCUCGCUCAUUGCUGUCAUUACUAUACCUUUUUCAGUAUGAAUCUACGCCGUCAAAUUGUUUGCGCGUUCAUCGGCCUACUAGUCUUCCACAUGAUAACGUUUGCUUGGCCAUUUCUCCCGUCUGGAUUGAAUAAGUAUACUCAAGAAGGUGAGGCAUUUUCCUCUGCAACGCUAGAGUCAACAUACUUACUUAUCGAAGGGAUUGACAACUUAAUAUUUCAGAGUACGACCUUGCUGAAGCGAAUGGCACCGAGCUCACCGGCUGCAACACUGACCGGUUUGAUUGGUGUGAUCGGACACCAGUCAUUAAUCCGUAUCUCUAUUACAUUGCAUGGAUAAUCUUUGUCGGAUUUUGCCAGCCCAAUAUCAAUGUGACGCUGAACACAUUGUUCUCAAAGAUUCUUGGACCAAGACGAAUUGUAAGCAAUUUUAUAACUUCAAAUAAUAGUUAUCGUAUAAUUUAGGGCACCCAACAAGGGAUCCUUCAGAUGUCCGGAUGCACGGCGCGGCUAGCCGGACCAAUUCUGGCUAGUCAACUUUAUACGGCGUUCGGGCCGCAAGUCCCAUGGUUGAUGACAAUGACAGCGCUUGGGGCUGUUAUUACUACAUGGUUCGUGUUUUACGGAAGAAUGGUGCCGUUGGUAAUACCGGAAGAAGAGGAGAAAGAAGAAAAGGCAUAACUUAUUUUUUGGUAUAAAAAUUGUGACAAACGAUAAACGAUGUACAUAAUAUAAUAUAUGAAAAAGAUAAAUUGUAAGAUAAGCAUGUCAAAAAUAUGUUGUUGUUGACAAGUGAAGCAUUAGCUCUCCAUCCAUACCACUCACAAAUUUUGAGUGAAAAGUGGUGAUUCUUACAAGGAAUAAUUUAAAAGUUCCAAAUUUGCCCAUUGAAUAACCAGGCCGUUAAUCUGUGCACAAGACACAACUGUAUUAUUCAAAUCAUAUCAUUCUUUAAAAGAGUCAGGUGUAAAAGUUUGUCCCGUUCCCCAGGUUUGUGUGCUUAAUCCCACCCAAAAAUCUAUCAUUUCAAAUUUAACUCGUCAGUUAUUCAUGAGGUCAAACGCAUGCAGAACUUUGCAAUAUUUUCGAUAGCGCUUUGUGAAAAAGUUUGUAUUCCUUUUUGCGGCUGCAAAAAGCAUUUUUUACAUUUGUCUUUUUAGAACGUUAUGGCACCUCUCAAUUCUGUAGAAAGCAGAAGCCGUUCUAAUAAAGAAGGCCUUGGCGGUCCACCUUGUUUUCAAAACGUUAAUCUGCCCAAGAAAUCUUGUGAUGAAAACGUAGACCCCAUUAGUUCAGAUGACGAUGAAAUUUCGGAUUCAGAAGGGGAAAAGAAAAGUAUCAAUUCGAAUGGGGCAACGGUUGUGGAUGAGACUCCAUGGAGAUCGAUUGUGAUCACAUCAAUGCUGGGGUUCUGCCAAGCCGCGCAAUUUACGUUGUAUUUUAGCUCAACAUGGCCGUAUUUGCAAGUGGUGAGUUUUUGAAUAUACUACGGUAAUUGUAGAGAGAGCUGUUUUUUACAAUAGUUUAGAAAAGAGGAAGUUACAGUGGCAAAACAAUUGCGUUACAGUAAACUCUCUGUAUAACAAACUUUUUAAAAAAAACCUUCAGGUAGACAGCGAAUCAACCGAAACCUUUUACGGAGCAGUAAUUGCCGCCUACUCCGUAGGCCAAUUCAUUGCCUCCCCUUUGUUCGGAUAUUGGAGUUCUCGCUCUGGCAGUGUCAGAGGACCGAUGACGACUUGUCUUGCGUUGUCCAUCUUUGGCAACUUUUUCUAUGUCACUGCAGAAUUGAUUCCAAAGAAUGCGAGGUUUGUGGUGCUGGCGGCUCGUUUCAUCACAGGCCUUGGAUCUGGCAAUGUGAGUGUUCUAAAGAGCUAUGCAGCCAUGGCCAGCACACAGCAGGACCGAGGGAGAGCCUUCGCUUUUUUGACGGCUGGACUGUCACUGGGACAGACAACGGGGCCAGGUAAGAAAAAUAAUAUUUUUAUUGUUAUGUCCUGCAUGUAUGUAUGACUUUACGUAUUUUACCAAUAUUUCUAUUGUGAACCCCAAUUUCAGCGAUCCAACUGCUCCUAUCACUAAUUGGCUAUCCAGGCUACAAACUUCUCUUUGGCAUGCAAUUGGACAUGUAUACGGCAGCGGCGUAUUCAGCAGUCGGAAUGAAUUUGCUCGGUCUGUUUUUAUUGAUAUAUUUCUUUGUUGAGAAAUAUGCUGGAAUCGACAAAUCGGUGCUGGAAAAUGUAAGCGGUGUGUGUAAAACAACAUUAUAAUUUACUUUUUCUAGACGUCUAAAGGCGAGAAGUCAGGUAAUAAUCAGUUACCUCCAUACGAUAUGAUAGCAGUCUUUGUGUGUUAUUGCACAAUGUUCGCCCAUCGAUUUACUUUUGUUAAUUUGGAAGCGUAAGUCAAAGAGACUCUAUGUUAUACAGUGCUCACAGGGAACGACUAAAUGCGGCUCCCAGAUUUUCCUUAAACUUUGUACACACGUAUAGGGCAAUAGCCAAUUCCUGGAGCUUCUAGCUCGCGCUUUGCAAACUGACAAUGAGAUAAUGAAAGAUACCUGCAGCCAAGAGAGUAUCAAUUGUAUAAUCUAUUUUCGCACAGCAAAUUACCUUGUGAAAAAUCAAAUAUUUACAGUUGUAUGUAGUAGAGUGACCUUGAUGUAGUACCUGUAUAAUGCUUUUCACUGAAUUUCAGACUCAACUCUCCGAUGGGAAUGACAGUCUUCAGUUUUACAAGGUUAGAAGUUGUCCGAAUCCUCGGGCUCACCCAUUCCGCUACAACUUUCAUCGCAUUGGCGUUAUAUGUCUGCAUUGUAGUUUUCAAGCUGGAUCGAUAGUAAGCAAAACACACACUGAUAAAGUUGGUUUCAGUAUGAAUCUUCGACGCCAAAUUGUCUGUGCGUUCGUUGGAUUGGUCGUCUUCCAUCUGAUCACGUUUUCCUGGCCAUUCUACCCAACUGGAUUGGACAAGUAUUCGCAGAAAGGUAAGGCGUACCGACUUGCCAAAAAAACUUUCAGAAUACAAUCUUGCCGAAGCGAAUGGGACCGAGUUGACUGGCUGCAACACCGAUCGAUUUAAUUGGUGUGACAAAACCCCGAUCCUAAAUCCAUACCUCUAUUACAUUACAUGGGUUUUGUUUGUCGGAUUCUGUCAACCAAACGUCAAUUUGACGUUAAACACAUUGUUCUCCAAAAUUUUGGGACCGAGAAGGAUCGUAAGUCAAGUUUAUCUUGGACUCUAACUAGGAAAUUGUUUGGUUUGAGACGUAAACUGUUGAUUUUUCUUCGAUUUUUGAUACGCUUUUAUACUGCGCUACCUAAAAAUCCAUAGUAAUUCUUGCGGUUUGCAGGCGAAUUGUAAAAAUUCUAGGAUCCUUGAAGAUGAGAGAGUAGGCAUAACGAAGAGAGCAGCCAAAGAAAAGAACGUUUUUCGGCCAUUCCUUUUGGAAUACCGUGCGGAAACGGAUAACUUUUAGGCGGAGCUCCGCGGAGCAUUGCCUACUUCAUGGCGAAUAAGUAGAAACUAGAGCUUCCCUUCUACCAACAAAAGCAAUUAGCUAAAUUGCGGACGAAAAAAGUCUCAAGUACAUAUGAGAAAACUCCAAGAUCAAAUUGAUUUUUUUCCAGUAUUUCUCAUCUAAAUUAUGCAUCAAAUAUGCAUAAAUACUUCUUUAGGGUACCCAACAAGGGAUUCUUCAAAUGUCCGGCUGCGCCUCUCGCCUAAUUGGGCCAAUCCUGGCCAGUCAACUUUACACAAUGUAUGGCCCGCAAGUCCCGUGGAUCAUGGACAUAACUGUUCUUGCCGCUGUUGUCGCCAUGUGGGCCGUAUUUUACGAUCGAAUGGUGCCUUUGGAGAUUCGAAAGGAUGACGAAAAAGAAGAGAAUAAUCUUAAGACUGAUUGA